AUGAAAAGCUUAACUGCUUUCCAGGUUAUCAAGUGUAAGGCAGCGGUGGCAUGGGAGGCGGGGAAACCCCUGUCCAUCGAGGAGGUGGAAGUGGCCCCGCCCAAGGCCAACGAAGUCCGCAUCAAGCUUUUUGCCACAGGGAUCUGCCACACAGAUUCCUACACUCUGAGCGGGUCCGAUCCUGAGGGAAUCUUCCCUGUCAUCCUCGGCCAUGAGGGUGCUGGGACAGUGGAGAGUGUCGGAGAAGGGGUCACCCAAUUCAAAGCAGGUGACACUGUCAUUCCCCUGUACAUCCCUCAAUGUGGGGAGUGCAAGUUCUGCAAAAACCCCAAGACCAAUCUAUGCCAAAAGAUCAGGCUGACCCAGGGUCAGGGUCUUAUGCCAGACAAGACGUCCAGGUUCACCUGCAAGGGCCAGCAGCUGUUUCACUUCAUGGGUUGCAGCACCUUCUCUGAGUACACGGUGGUGGCUGACAUCUCUCUGGCCAAAGUGGACGAGCGCGCCCCCCUGGACAAGGUCUGCCUGCUGGGCUGUGGCAUCUCUACUGGAUAUGGAGCUGCCCUCAACACUGCCAAGGUGGAAGCAGGCUCCACAUGCGCGGUGUUCGGACUGGGGGCCCUUGGCCUCGCCGUCAUCAUGGGCUGCAGAGAGGCCGGAGCGUCCCGGAUCAUCGGCAUCGACACCAACCCCGACAAGUUCCAGAAAGCCAGGGAGUUUGGCGCUACCGAGUACGUCAACCCCAAGGACCACAGCAAGCCCAUCCAGGACGUUCUGGUGGAGAUGACCAAUGGAGGAGUGGACUUCUCCUUUGAGUGCGUGGGCAACGUCGGCAUCAUGAGAGCUGCCCUGGAGGCUUGUCACAAGGGCUGGGGGGUCAGCGUCAUCAUUGGGGUGGCGGCAGCAGGUCAGGAGAUCUCCACUCGCCCCUUCCAGCUGGUCACCGGGCGCACCUGGAAAGGAACGGCUUUCGGAGGUUGGAAGAGUGUGGAGAGCAUGGCCAGGCUGGUCAGCGACUACAUGAACAAGAAGCUGAAGGUGGAUGAGUUUGUGACCCACACUCUGCCCUUUGAGAAGAUCAUUGAGGGCUUUGAAAUCAUGCACGCUGGAAAAUGGUACAACAUCUCACAAACUCAGAACCCUUCACAUUCGAACCGUCCUGACGUUCUAGGCUCCGAAACUCAAGAGACCUCUUCAGUGUUUUUCUCCUGUUGA